CAAGUAUCUUUCCCUCUCAAUCUCUUAUUCUUCACCCUAUUAGUGGUAUCAGAGCACUUUCUCAAACGAGCAUUAUCAAUGGCCAGUGAGUCCUCCACAACCAUUACCUCUCCCGUUUCCACUAAUGCUACCAUUCCUAUAGGGCAAAACACCAUAAUCACCUUCAAUGCCGCUGCUCACUUUCCUCUUAAACUUACUCCCAGCAACUAUCCAUCUUGGCGGGCACAAUUUCUAUAUAUUCUCACUGUCUACAAAUUAACUGGCUAUCUCAAUGGAUCCAAACCUUGCCCGCCGCCACCAACCAAAGAGGUUCCCGACUCACCGUUUGAACUAAGGACUCGCCAGGAUCAAUCAAUCCGGCAUGCCAUUCUCACAUUGGUUUCGGAACCAAUUGCCCCCUACAUAUCUAAGGAGCGCCUCCAGAAUACUCGCCGUGAAGGCCGAACUGUUACCGAAUUUCUCCAUAAACUCAAAGUGCUUGCUGAUGAACUUGCUGCCAUAGACAAACCCCUCACCAACGAUGAUCUGACGGUGUAUGUUCUCAACGGGAUAGGACCUGAAUUUUGCCAUGGACCCACGGCUCACUAUGCAGCAUCUACCGGUCCAAGCACUAAUGGGUGGUUGAUUGAUUCAGGUGCUAAUAAUCACAUCACCACCAAUCUGUCCAACUUGGCACUCCACUCCGAAUAUAAUGGCUCUGAUGAACUAUUAAUUGGAGAUGGCUCAGACAUGUUAUUUUUCAUGAGGAUUUCUUUCCAUUUCGGGUCUCCAAUGGCAAAUCUACCCUCCCAUAUCCAGCUAAUCCCGAUCCUACCCAACCUCAAGUCUCGAUUCUUUCCUCUUUACCUCAUCUUCGGCCCACCAUCCCCCCAGCCGCCUCAUCACCGGCCUCAAUUCCAAAUCUCUCCCGUGAUCCUUGCCCAACCUUGCCUGCCUCCCUGCCAUUUGCCAUUGUUGUCGCCUCCCCUCUGCCGGAUCUUACCAUCCCUCCUCUGCAGGACGGCUCGCCCCCCUCUGCUUGCAGUCCCAGAUCUAGCUCGGUCUCCCCCCUGUUUAGGUAAUUCACUUGUUCUCCCUGUCACAGCCCUGCCCCCUCCCUCCCCGUCCCCUGUCCCCUCCUCUGUGACACCAAGUCUAGCUUCACCAACAAUCGCCUCUGCUUCACCUGGGUCAGCCCUGUCCUCCCCUCUCACACCAUCGCCCAUCACCCACCACACUCACCCAAUGAUCACCAGAUCCUUAAACAACAUCUUUAAACCAAAACAGAUGCACCUUGCCACCAAACACCCUCUCCCAGUCCCGGUUGAGCCCUCAUGUGUGCGCCAAGCCGUGUGUCAUCCCCAUUGGCGAAGGGCUAUGUCAGAGGAAUUUGAUGCUCUGCGCUACAAGGCUCGGUUGGUGGUGAAAGGAUUUCAUCAACGUCUUGGCCAUGAUUAUUCCAACACCUUCAGUCCGGUCAUCAAACCAACCACCAUUCACACUGUGUUUACCAUUGCUGUAAGUCAAGCUUGGUCGAUCUGGCAACUCGAUGUGAACAACGCCUUUCUUCAUGGCAAGGUUGAGGAGGACCUGUACAUGGCUCAACUGGCAGGUUUUGUUGAUCACAAUCUUCCUCAUCAUGUCUGUAAAUUGAAGAAAGCAAUCUACGGUCUCAAGCAAGCUCCACGGGCUUGGUACACUAAAUUGAAACAGUUCCUCCUUGGAUGUGGUCUGGUUAAUUCUCAUUCUGAUUGCUCUUUAUUCAUCUAUAAUAAUGCUGGAAUUGUUGUCUAUGUGCUGGUCCAUGUUGAUGAUAUCUUGAUUACUGGGAAUAGUGCUACUUGUAUCUCAGACUUGAUUCACAGGUUGGGGCAGAAGUUUUCUUUGAAGGACCUUGGUGACCUCAAAGCACAAAAUGGAUGGUGCAAAACCGGUUGCCACGCCUAUGCCUACUUCUGGAUUGUCUUCCUUGGUGCUACCCCUAUCUCGUGGAAGGCUAGCAAGCAAAAAGCCAUUGCCUGUAGUUCCACCGAGGCAGAGUAUAGAGCUUUGGCAGCAGCUUCUUCUGAGUUAGUAUGGGUACUGCAUCUGUUGACUGAGCUUGGGAUUCGAAUUGAUGCCCCACCAAUGCUUUAUUGUGACAAUGUUGGUGCCACCUAUCUCAGCAGUAAUCCAGUCAUGCACUCUCGUAUGAAGCACAUAGCAAUUGAUCUUCAUUUCAUUCGUGACCUCGUGGACAAGAAAAUUCUUCGUGUCUCUCACAUUGCCUCUGCCGAUCAACUUGCUGAUGGGUUGACCAAACCACUUUCCUCUUCCAGAUUUGCCUUACUGCGUUCCAAGAUUGGUAUCACUGAUGGCUCUACCAUCUUGUGGGGGCGUAUUAUGGAAACACAUCAUGCUACACCACCAAUCACGGCUCAGUCACCUACACAGGAUAUCAGAUCCUAAUCAUCCUUACAAUCAGCCAUUGCUAAUCAUAUAUUCUGCAUUUAUAAAGUUUCAUUGUAUUA